AUGAGCGAGGAUAAGAAGCUAACUGUUCUGGUCAACACUGAGACUGGUCUUGCACUGAUUGAAGAGCCUACUAACUUCAAUGAUUUGAAGCUUACUUUACAAGAGAAAAGGUCACUUUUCUUCUCCAGGAACAAUCCUACUUCCACCAAUAGGAAGAAACCUUUCUUCUUUUGGAACCCACCAGGUCGUUCUUCCUAUGAGAAGAAGCUUGUGCGCAAGAUUGACUGCUUAGUUCUCACUUAUGUGUGCUUGUCGUUCUUUGCUAAGUACCUUGACCAGUCUAACAUAAGUAAUGCCUAUGUGUCGGGAAUGAGGGAAGCUUUGCACAUGGAAGGAAACAUGUACAACUGGCUUGGCCAGGCCUUCUUCAUCAGUUAUGCAAUUUGUGGUCUCUUUGGAACCUUGUUGAUCACCAGAUUCCCUGCUUAUAUUAUUCUUCCACUUUUUGAGAUUAUCUGGGCUAUUAUGUGUCUCUUAAAUAUCACCUGUGACACGUACACCAAGAUUCUCAUGUUGCGAGUUAUCCAGGGUGGCUUUUCGGGUCUUGCUUACCCAGCUGCUAACUACAUUUUGGGUAGUUGGUAUACAGAAGAGGAACUCAAUGUAAGAACUGGUAUCUUCGUCGCUGCUGGUUCGGCUGGAGGCAUGUUUGGAGGAUACAUUCAAUCUGGAAUCCAGGCUCAUAUGGAUGGAAAAUCUGGUCUUCCAGGUUGGAAGUGGAUUUUUGUGAUUGACUUCCUCAUCACACUUCCUAUCGCAGCUUUUGGGUACUUUCUUCUUCCAGGUGAUCCAAACAAGCCUAGAAAAUCCUUAUUCUUGACUGACGAGGAUUUCGAAUACUGUCGCAAGAGAAUGCAAGUUGUUGAAAAUGUUGACAAGGUCAACAAGUUUGACAUCACGAUAAUCAAGCGCUUGUUUACUUCCUGGCAAUUCUACACGUUCACGACGGGCUACGUGGUGAGUCAACUAGUGGAAGAAGGCACGAAUUAUUGGGGCAUUGUACUUGAAUUACAAGGUUACAAUGUUUAUGACAGGAAUAAUAUUCCAACAAUUCAACCUGCCGUGAAGAUUGUGUCGAGUAUUAUUGCUGGUUUGUACAUGGAUGUUCGAGGUAAGAAAUGGGAAAUGUACUUAAUUAUUUGUGCUUUCUGGAUCAGUGGCUUGAGUAUUUCUUUAAAAUAUGAUGUCGCUAAAUCUGCUCAGUUUUAUGGAUACUCUAUUCUUGGUGUGUGCGCUGCAUUUUCAGUAAUUAUCGUCAGUUGGGCUAAUGACAUGUGCAGAGAGGAUGAUCAGUUGAGAGCUGGCGUUUUGGGUUCAUUCAAUAUGGUAUUCAUGGCUGUGGAUAUUCCAUAUGCAACUACGGUAUGGAACACUGAAAAGGGACCAAGAUUCCAUGAGGGUUAUUCAUUCAGCUUGGGCCUUUGCUCUUUUUUAGUUAUAUUCCUUGGCCUCAUCUUGUUGUUUGACAGAUAUCAGAACAGAGUGCGUGACUAUUAUGACGAUCUUGUUCAUAGCAGGGUUCCUGUGACAUUGACAAAUGACAAAGAGUCAACAUUUACGUGA